UUCCGGUCACGUGCUUUACGGAGCCGUUGCUGGACGCGUUAUUGCUAGGCAACGCUUGCAGGCUCAGUCCUAGGCUGGAUCCCUGCAGUGUAGGAUCUGAGCGCCCCAGGCCGACAUGGACCAGUAUUGCAUCCUAGGUCGCAUCGGGGAGGGCGCCCACGGCAUCGUCUUCAAAGCCAAGCACGUAGAGACUGGCGAGAUCGUUGCCCUCAAGAAGGUGGCCCUGCGGCGGCUGGAGGAUGGUAUUCCUAACCAGGCCCUCAGGGAAAUCAAGGCUCUGCAGGAGAUCGAGGACAGUCAGUAUGUGGUACAGCUGAAGGCUGUGUUCCCCCAUGGUGCGGGCUUUGUGCUGGCUUUCGAGUUUAUGCAGUCGGACCUGGCAGAGGUGGUGCGCCAUGCCCAGAGGCCAUUGACCCCCGCACAGGUCAAGAGCUACCUGCAGAUGCUGCUCAAAGGUGUUGCAUUUUGCCACGCCAACAACAUCGUGCAUCGGGACCUGAAGCCUGCCAACCUGCUCAUCAGUGCCUCAGGCCAGCUCAAGAUAGCUGACUUUGGCCUGGCCCGGGUUUUCUCUCCAGAUGGUGGUCGCCUCUACACACAUCAGGUGGCCACCAGGUGGUACCGAGCUCCUGAGCUCCUGUACGGUGCUCGGCAGUAUGACCAGGGUGUAGACCUAUGGGCUGUGGGCUGCAUUAUGGGAGAACUGUUGAAUGGGUCCCCCCUGUUCCCGGGAGAAAACGACAUUGAACAACUAUGCUGUGUGCUUCGAAUCCUGGGUACCCCGAGUCCUCGAGUCUGGCCGGAGGUCACAGAGCUGCCUGACUACAACAAGAUCUCCUUCAAGGAACAGGCGCCGGUGCCCCUGGAGGAGGUGCUGCCUGAUGCCUCUCCCCAGGCCUUGGACCUGCUGGGCCAGUUCCUCCUCUAUCCUCCACAACAGCGUAUUGCAGCCUCCCAGGCCCUCCUGCACCAGUAUUUCUUCACAGCACCCCUGCCUGCCCAUCCAUCUGAGCUGCCAGUUCCUCAGCGCCCAGGGGGACCUGCACCCAAGGCUCACCCAGGGCCCCCCCAUGUCCGUGACUUCAAUGUGGAUCGGCCUCUUGAGGAGUCACUGUUGAACCCAGAACUGAUUCGGCCCUUCAUCCCAGAGGGGGUCACCCUCAGUGGCACCACUGGACCUUAGAGAUGAUUGGCAGGCUGGCUCCUCUCCAAGGACAUUGCUACAACAGCACCACCUUAUACCCAGAGUAUAAGCUGUCUUCAUGCUGGGGACACAGCUGUCUUCAUGCUGGGUUCACAGCUGGGAAGUCAGACAUGCUUUAGUUUUGGCUUCACUGGGGCAGGAUUCGAGAUUCAAAUAAAAGCUCUGGGUGUUUCUGCCUGUAUUUGCACCUUGUCUGUUGCUGUUAGGGAAAGGACAAGGGGGGGCCUUAAUUCCUAGGGGUCAGAUACCCAGAAGGUGCCUCCAGUAAGGGCCGGUUAGGUCCUCAGGCUUCCUGUGCUAUUCAUGGGGCUUGAGUGCUCGUUUGGGAGUGAGGAUCCAGAAGCCGAGGCCCAGGGAUGGACAGCCCAGCUCCCAGAGCACACUUUCCACAUGUUGGGUGUUACUCAGUGAGCUUGAGGCUGCUGUGCACAUUCGAAGGAGGCAUUCUUGGAGUUCAUUCAGUAAAUAAAUUCCA